UGCACGGUUUGCCGCGCGGGAGAAGGCUACACGGACGAACCGAACAGCUCCAACGAGUGCAAGAAGUGCACCGUUUGCAACGUGACUUCCGAAGACACUGAGAGGCCAUGCACCACCAGGCAGGACACUCGCUGUCGCUGUAAAGACGGCUUCCAGAGGGCUGCCCCAUCGGACCCCUGCACGGACGCGAAGGGAGCCCCAGACGUUGCUGGAGCUCUCAUCAGUGCUCUAAUCGGUGUUGCCGUGAUCACCAUUCUACUUGUGGUGACCGUGGGCCUCCUUCUCUACAGAAUCCACCGCAAACACUUCCCCUGGGAAAGCUCUACAAGUGAGACCACACUUUUGAAUUCAGAUGAAGAGCGCCUGUUGGGAGAUGAUUCACAGUGCACUAGUGUCUCCAGUCAUGAUGCAAUGAAGCAAAGCGCAGAGGAUUUCAUCGGUCAAAUGAUCACGGAAGAUCAAGAGGGCAACUGGAAGGACAUCAAGAGGGAGUUGCCAGAGUUGCGAGAGUGGAUCGGCAAAACUCCCUCCCUUUUCCUCCACGAGCUGAAGAGGAGGAAUGUGGUUACAGAAGAGGAGUACUGGAAGGCGUUUACAAUUCCCACCGCCGCCAUGCGUGUGGACUCAAUCCUGUUGCCCGUCAUGAUACGAGGGGAAGGCAAACGCCGAGAGCUGCUGGAGACACUCGAACAACAGCGGAGCAGGGAACGGCAUUUCCUGGACAUGCUGAAGACGAGCCAUGUGUGCUCGCCCACUCUGAACCCCAACUCGGCACAUCAACAGCUUCAAAUUUCUGCUGAUCUCAGCACAGUGACGUGGAACCAGGAAGAGCAGCCUUACUCUGAUCACAUAGAAAGGUUUGAGUGGUGGCCAAUAGUCCUCUGCUUCGAGACCUUCUCGUCGGGUGACCACUACUGGGAAGUGGACGUGAGAGCCUCUAGAAACUGUUCUAUAGGCGUCGCACGUGAGUCGAUUCCUCGGAAUCGUCACGAAAAGUCUGGCAGGCUGGGCUGGAAUGAGCAGUCUUGGGCGUUCAUUCAAUGGGAUUCAAAUUACUCUGCAAGACAUGGCGACCAAUCUAUACCUUAUCCAGAGAUUAAACAUUUACAGAGAGUCGGCGUUCACUUGGACUUUAACGCAGGAAAACUUUCGUUUUACAACGGCAACACCAUGGAGCUGUUGCACUCAUUCAACGACAUUCCAAGUGGGCCGCUCUGUCCGGCUAUGCAGGUGAAGUCGGGCUCAGUCACGAUUUAUGAAGCUCAAACAUUCAAGAACCUGACUGUGGAUGAGAGCAGAGAAGACAUUCAGAUUUGUGAUCACUUUGCAAACAGUGGAGUUCAUCGCACAAACAACACCGAUGAAGAGAAGGGUGAGAGGAAAGAUGCAUUGCUCAGAACGAGGAUGGAGGAACCUUCGGUGGCACGAGAGUUGAUCGGUAGGAGCCCUGCAAUGCUACAUCACGAGUUGCUCGUCCAGGGUCUCAUCACGCAAUCCGAGCUCUCAGAAGUCUAUUCGUUACCCCGUGCGUCAGCACGAGCUGACUUCAUCAUACGACGUCUCGAUCGCAAGCAGGAAGAGAGCCCGCAACUCAAAGGGAUUCUGCAUCAACAUCGUAAAAAGCAAGAAGCAUUCCUGAAAAUGCGGAGAGAGUCGAGCACUUGCUCGCCGACUCUGAACCCAAACACGGCACAUUGGAACCUCCAGAUUUCUGCCGACUUGAAAACCGUCAGGACCUCCACACACACCCAACAUUACCCUGACAACUCAGACAGAUUCGACCACUACCAAGUGGUCAUUUGCUCUGAGAAAUUCUCAUCGGGUCGCCACUACUGGGAGGUGGACGUGAGAGGUUGUGAGAAAUUCAUCAUUGGUGUCACGUAUGACGCGAUACCACGGAAAGGUGAUGCCAAAGCCUUGUAAAAUUGGGUGCAAUGAAGUUUCGUGGAGCCUAAGGAAAUGGGGCAACGCCUACAAGGCGGUACAUAACGAGACGGAAAUAAAACUGCCGGUGCGAGAUGCUCCCAAAAGAGUCGGGGUUCACCUGGACUGGGAGGCGGGCGUCUUGUCAUUCUACAGCGCCGACUCCAUGUCGCUGCUGCAUCGAUUUCACGGAAAAUUUGAUCGAGAGCUGUACCCUGCAAUGGCCGUGCUGGGUGAAAGUCUCUCAAUAUGCCCGUUGCCGUACUCAGACUCUCGUCAUUAGAGAUGAGAGGCUCCUAUCAGAUUGGUCGCCCAUGCGACCUCUGUAUGUACAGUGAGGGAAAAAAAGUAUUUGAUCCCCUUCUGAUUUUGGAAGUUUGCCCACUGACAAAGAAAUGAUCAGUCUAUAAUUUUAAUGGUAGGUUUAUUUGA